UGACAAGGAUUGAGUCAGGCCCCAAGGGAUGUUCUAUACCGAUCAUGGGUCCUUCCUCUGGUUCCUGCAAACCGUUACUCGGAAGCUGUAGAUGUCAUUGAACAAUAUUCUCAUGCAAUUGCUCGCGAUUUUCCAGGUGUAAUAACGUAUAUUUAUUAUCUUCGGCACUGGUGGGGAAGAUUAAUACACGAAAUGUCUGUUUACGCUGAGCCGAUCCGAACUAACAAUUUAGCCGAAGGUUUCAAUCGAACCUUGAUUGAGAGAAUGGGUGGAGCUCAUCGCAAUAUUUGGGUUUGGAUUGACCGAUUAAUUGAAAUAAUGGCUGAUCAAGAAAUUAAGUACUUAAGAGUAACUGAGGGAGUCCCAAUCUCUAACGAGACUCGUCGAUUAAGAUGGAUUGAAGACGAUCAGCGGAUCAUAAAUGCUCAACGAAACCUUGACAGUAGAAGGUGGUCUAUGGACGACUUUCUCUUAAAUGCUCUAACACCUCGACAUCGACAUAUCUUAGAAGCUGAAACUUUAGAUAUACCAAAUGAUCAAGAUAAUCUUGAAUUACCUGAUGUGGCUGAUAUUCGUGUUCCGGAAAAUGCUUUACCAGAUUUAGAACCUGUUGAAAACGAUAUACGGCAUCCAAGAGGCCAGCCGCAAGGUUACAGGCAUCGACGACGUAGAAGAAAUGCAGCAGUUGUACCACCACUCAAUGAGCUUCUUCAGGAAGUCAACAACGAAGAUGACGGUGGUGGUAGAAAUCAAAAUAUUCGUCAGCCACAAAUACAGAGAGCAAAUGUACCACUCAAUGACCUUCUUCAAAUUGAUAAUGACAAUGGACGUGUUAAUGAAGAUCACAAUCAAAAACAACCGCAAUACCAACGACGAGGAAGACAAGGCAGAGCACAUGGACGUCAACGAGGAGCAGUUAGAAUAGCACCUUACGUUCGGAACAACGCCGUCAACGUGGUAGAAGCUGAGAACAUUGGUCGUCAAGAAAUUGUACAGCCUUUGCCGGAAGAAAUUCCUGUCAUGGAAAUGGAAGAAAUUCCUGACAUCGAAAAUAUUAUAUUUAAUUAG